GAACAAUUCGAUACUCAAUUAAAAAAAAAAAGUUACAAAUAAAUCAGUCUAAAGAGAACAAUGCCAAUCAUCGUGUCGAGCGAACUAAAUCUGCUUUUGGAUGAGUUUUGGUAUGCCGCGUCACUGAAUGUCAUUGUAUUUAUAAAUAAGAUCAGCUCCAGAAAUAGGUGGCUACAGGUUUUCCAGGCGUACCGACUAAAAUAAAGCAGCCUGGAUUCGUUAAACAAUAAUAUUGUCUGUACCGCUCGUCCAGUCAUUGUGAGUCUAUCAAACGCACAGUUUCAAUAUGGAUGAUGAUUCUCAGCAAUUUUCUUUACGCUGGCACAAUCACCAGAUACACUGAGGACCGUGUUAUCUGAAGCACUGAUACUUAUUGGACACGAUACAAAUGACAAGCGUAAUAGGAGCCCUAGGGCGCAUGUUGACGACGGGGGCCCUGAGUGACGUCACGCUGAGCGCCAGCGGGGCUCUGUUACGAGCACAUAAACUGGUUUUAGCCGCUUGUAGCCAGUAUUUCGCACAAUUAUUUAAGGAAAUAGACGCUGAAAACAAUACCUUAGUCGUUGUGUUGGGAUGCGAAGCUGCUGAGCUGAGAUUACUUCUAACUUUCAUGUAUACUGGCGAAGUAACAGCUUCUAGACGCUGCCUGCCUGCCCUGCUUCGUCUGGCUCACACUUUGCAAGUAUCUGGACUAACGGACGCCGAUAACAACCCAAAUUUGACACAAACACAAGAAACGAUCAACGAACCCGCCUCUCCUAUUAAUCUAGAAAAAUCUGACCCCCAAGACUUCAUGGCAAACGAUAUCCAAUCAGAUGUUAACAAAACGAAUGAAAUAAAAAGCCAAUCUACAGAAUACGUUGAACCUGUUGACAGAAAUAGCAAAGAGAAAAUCAGCAAGCUGGAUCAGAUUGUACAGAACCUCUAUAGCACGCACCGCGUCGGAAGCUUCAUACCGGAUAUCACAACACCUCCAAUACCUACAUUAGAAUCACCGGACUUCGAUAGAAAAUGGCGGUCGAAUAGUUCAGUGUGCACGAUAUGUAACAAGCGACUCAGCAACCAGUACAACUUGCGCGUGCACAUGGAGACGCACGCGGGCCGGCGCCACGCGUGCCGCGCGUGCAGCCACGUGUCGCGCUCGCGGGACGCGCUGCGCAAGCACGUCGCCUACCGACACGCGCCCGCUCUGCGCGACCGCCCGCUGUGACGCCUCCAACGCUAUACACCGAAUAUUCUGGACCAAAAUAUUAAAAAAAAUCAAUAAAAAUAUGCUUCUUAACGUUCUCUUCAUAAAGUUAUAAAGCAAUAUCAUCAAUGCAGAGAUUACAUUACAAGACGAGAAUUUGGCAGAGUCUUACAUUCGGUUUCUUGGUGGUAGAGCUUUGUGCAAGACCGUCUAGGUAGGUUCCACCCGCUCCUGAUAUAUACCGCUAAACAGCAAUAAUUAGUAUUGUUACGUUUUGAAGGGUGAACUAGCCGCGGGCACAAGGGACAUUACAUCUUCGUUCCAAUGGUUGGCGGUGUAAGAAAUGAUUAAUAUUGCUUACAUCGCCAAUGUCUAAUAAUGGUGACCAUUUAACAUCAGGUGCCCCAUUUGCCCGUCCGCCUACCUAUAACAUAAAAAAAGUCAGCUGGUUUGUUGGUGAAUUUCUGUUGUUCCAUUUUCAACAUACAAACAGUUGUUAUUUAUGAAUACGUUUAGCAUAAAAAUCCUUAGUCGAAUCGUAGAAAACAAGAUGAUAAUCUGCUAAGACCGAAAAAUGACAUCAAAGAUUAUAAAUCAAAGAGAGUAGUUAAUAGACCAAUAUUAAAAACAAAUAUUAGUAAGGCAGACAUUUAACGAUGUCUAACGAAGUCAAGGUAACACAGCAUUCUUUUAUUUUGUUAUAAAAUACCAUUUUAUUUCACCGUUUAGAAUGUUUGGGUAGUCUGUGGUUGAAUUUUUUAAAGUCUACGCGAAUGAUUAAUACGAAAUCUUUCAUAUACCUUGAGAUCAGAUUUGUGACAAACUUAUUUAUAUUAAUUUUUACUUGAUGAUUUAUUUAUUUUGCCACGUCAUAUUUAUAAAUUUAGUAAAACCAUUUUAAUAAUGUUGGCACCAAUUGUCUAUAAAGUCGCUUUAAUGGAUAGAAUAUAUUCCAAUUUUAAAAAAGUUGCCGCGCUGACAAACUUUAUCAAUAAUUAUAAAAAUAUAACAUAUUUUCUUUUUUUUUAGUUUCAUAGUAUCUUAAUAGGCUGCAGUUUUCUUGGUAAAUUCUAAAUAUUUUUAUGUCUGCAAGCGCGUUAUAAUAAUAUUGUUAGGAACAUAUACAUAAUCUAUACAAUGUAAUUACUCUAGUCAUUUUUUAAUUAUAAGGAAUUUUAUAAAAGACAUCA